AUGGAAGAGCGGGACUUCCUACCACAAGAACCCAUAGGUCAAAGUUUGAGCCACCAGAAUGUUUUUAAAAAAGCUAAAAGGAUCAGAAGCGCAUUUACUACGAAUCAAAUAUUGUAUCUAGAAAAUGAAUUUCUGAAGUCACCUUAUGUCAGUGUCGUUAGCCGAAAAGAGAUCGCAAUCAAAUUAAAUAUACCUGAGAGAGCUGUAAAAAUAUGGUUCCAAAAUCGACGGAUGAAAGAGAAGAAAGAUGUUACCCAUCGACCCAUAACAGAACUCCAUCAUUAUCAUAAAACGGGACAUAAUGGUACAAUUGUUAAUGAUCAAUUAAGUAAUGUGGAGACUUUGCAAUCAAAUAACAAUCUAUGUUCACAUUCCGUUUUACCGCAAACUAAGUUAAAAACAAGUUUAAACGAGUCAACAAUUAAUAAUUUCUUAAAGAAGAAUCAUAAACAAGUUACAAACACAACGAAGAGCUUUGAAAAUAAGACGACAACGGAUGACGUCAUCGUAACACAUAAUUUUCAAAACAAUACUAUAACAAGCAGCAGUAACGAAGCUAAACAGAACGCAGAAUUAUCAAUAGAGCUGCUAAAAAAGUGUAAAGACCAUAUUCACACUAAUCCUAUGAAAAAGGCAGUCAAAACAAAAACCCUACAAACAAAACAUAACGAUUUGAAAAAACGUAAAUUAAAUAGUCAAACUUUGGAGCGAAAAAUCCAGAGUUCAGUUACAGGAACAGCGCCAUCUAUUGUGAAACAACAGCAAACGAUUACACAAAUUCCUUCAGGAUACAUUCCCUUAUAUCCUCAACAACAUAAUCAACAGUAUUCUUUACCAGGAAACUUUUUAUGGAAACCAAUGGGCCCAACGGAUAUGUCAACUAUAAUGCCUAUGUGUGACUUUGCUAUUCUUCCUAACCCACACUCUAUCUCCCAUCCCCUCACACACUCACACAUAAAAUCAAAUGAUAUACAAAAGAGUCAAUGCUCAUGUAAUUGUCAUAUGAAUCCGCAAACAAAUACGAUAGCUUUUUCACCUGAAAAUCAACCACAAUAUGUAAUAGCGGUACCUUUCCACAAACCACCUCUUCAGUUUAGCUCCCCCUUAUAAUAAUUCCGUUUUAGUUUUGUUUUUAAUUGUAUAAAUUGUAAAUAAAAACAAUGUUUUUCGUUUAGUAUAUUUUAUUCAA